AUUAAUACCAAUUUCUCAAAUUGUGGCGUACGUCGAAGCUAAGUCAUUGGAAGAAAUGGAAGAAUCAGUGAGGGGGAGAGGAUGGGGUGGUGAGGUGCUCGAGAAAACCAGGCUGAAUGAUGGACCUUCGCACUCAGAUAUAGGGUGGUCUUUAUGUCUCUGAAUGACUAAAGCUAAGAUUCUAAGCUCUAUUUGAGAAUACCUUGAACUGCUCAAACGUUUAGUGUCGUGAAGAAAAGAAUGAUCUCCAGAAGCCAAUAUGACACCCACAAGCCAAAAGAGCUUCGUCGCCUUUAUGAGCCCCUGGCAGUUUUGUACGAAUUGACUAUGAAGGACGCAACGAAGCCGCGCUCCAUUUUCUCGACCAACACUCACGGGAUCAGCAUCAUGGAACGUCGCCGAAAUUUUGUCGAUGCAAUCGCUUUUAUCGGCGCAUAUAGAAAAGAGUGCGAGAUCGCCGUUGCUGUAGAACGGCAGCCAGAUGGGCUUAUCGUUCGAGUCGCGGGCACUGGCGAUAUUGAUGGAAUUGUUGUUCCAUUUCUCAGCGAACUCCUACACCGAUUAUCGAACAUCGUGAACUUACCAAAAGAUGAGAUCAAGGGCGACAAAAAGAAGAGGAUCCUUUCCUCUCUUUCAGACGUCGCGAUCGAAUUCGCUAAAGAGAAAGUAUUUGCUCACUACAUGAAACUGUUGCACGGCGAUAUUGCUCCCGUAUGCUUGGCUGAUAUGGCAAUGGGACUAAAUGACUCGGUCGAUUUCAAUGUUUGGUUUCAAAAGAAUUUCUACAAAAACGGCGCACCUUUGACUCAGGAACACAUGAGGCCCCUAGCAAAAGAAUGCUUUAAUGCGAGUCGGUCUGGACUGUUAAACCCUCUAAGAAGGUUUAUAUGUCAUGGAUAUGAACAUGCUGCCCAUUUUGAGAAGUUCUAUAAGCAACUUCGGAAAUUGAGUCGGACUAUCGACAUGACUUCUCAACUUUUUGAGUCUGCUAUCUCUCUGCGUCAAGAUUUCGCAAAUGAUCUUGCGGUACAAAGCAUACCGUCCUCCCCAAACUUGCCGAUUCCUCUUCUUCCACGAAAGCUGACUAUUGAGGGCAUCGCGGGUCGGAUAUUCUCCGACGCCUCAAAAGGGGAUGAUUUUCGCCAGAAGCUCGAAGUGAUCGCUCCACCCGGGUUAACCCAAGCCUUAAAGCACUAUUCAAAGACAGUUCUUACUGAAGUUCACCCCGAGCUCCUGGUGAUAAACUACUUUGACACACUUCUGGAUGGCGGUUUCAUUGACGAAGGCGACAAAUACAUUGGUUGUACAAAGCCAAGCUGCUAUCUAUGUCAUCUCUUCAUUUCGUACCACCCCGCGAGAUAUGCUAUGAUAUCCUCGAGCUCCAGAAUGUGCCUAAAUUGGCGUCUACCGGAUAUCUCGCGCGAAGAAUGCAAUGCCAUGGCUCGCGCUGAAAACCAGAAAUAUGUCCUCCAGAAGUUGAUCAAUACUAUCCGAAUUCAGCUAGAGGAGAAAGUGGACAACCAGUGGGCCCUACAGCCUCAUUGCACUGAAUCAGAAACUGAGUGGACACCACCUGUUGAUGACGAUAUUUUCAAUUACAGCUCGCAGAUAUCCAGUCUAGAAUUAACGCCUGGUUAUCCAGUCGCUUCCACCGAACCACUUACCACAGAGUUUGAUACUGGUUCAGACGAGACCUCGGGUGCGGGCAGAAACGCUGAUCAAGAUACGGAGGACGUAGUCCUAUUCAAGGGCAGAUGCCGGUUUUAGUCUUAGAAGACUUGUCCGUUAGUUUGCAUUCUACAAGGCCCGUGGGCCUUGGAAAACACAUACGAGUCACCUGUUUAUUUUGUGGCACACUUGCAGGAACUACCUUGAAGUUCACAUGAGGCACUCCCCUCGAUUCUUCAAAUUCUGGCCACAACGAAACACCUGUAAACAUAUGAAGCAGCUCAACCAAAAAAAAGAUACAGCCCAAGCCCUAGAACACCGCUACCUGCCUAGCGAGUAACAUGACAGUCGCAUUUACAGGGCUGAUCAGCAUUAACGGUGAAGCAUAACGCCCCCAUCUUCCAAGUCAACAUCGUCCUUGGCACUUAUCUCUGUUAACAAUCACUUAAUUGGAUCAAAGCACGGACAGAGUGGUCGGAGGUCUUCGGUAUUGGUCUUGCUCUAUUGCUAUUGGCAAUUGAACUUGCCCCUGCAGUCGAGUCUGCAUGAUAUUUUCUUGGAGCUACCUGCUGCCGCAUCUCAUUCCGAAGGCCUGACUGAAGGUUUUCCGUCACUUGAUUUAGGAACUGCUUGUGCCGUCUGAGCUUGUCAGUAUAAUUGCGAUCGUUAGCUCGUACGAUAGGCAGACACCAAGCAUGGUAUAGUUUCUGCAAAGGUAGCAUGCCGGUUUGCUACAGCCAACGUACUUGUCGUCGUUAUCGAGGAAGUCCACGUCAAUCUUGUCGAAGUAGUCAAUCAAUAAAAUCUCUGCGUGGACUCGAACUCGACCCUUUUCCUUGUACAACUUCAGAGACUGGUAUAUUCC